AUGAAGAAGAACAACGUGACUGUGGCUGUGCUAGCGAUCACGCACUGCACGAGCUGCUGGCCAUGGAUUACCGAUACUGUUUCCGCGAACUUUAUAAGAAACGAGCUCAACUUGCCCUCCGUUCUCUCUCCUACUAUUCAUCUCACCAAGACGUGGUCCCGUUGGCUCCUCAAACCUCGCAGAUUAUUGUCUGUUGUACCAUUAGCUGCAUCAAGUUCGACUUUGUCCACUCAAGGAUCAAGACCAAUGGCGCCAGUAACCAACGGCAAGAUCGAAAAGAGCUCUAAGAUGCAUUCUAAAGUCGUCAUCAUCGGAUCGGGUCCUGCGGGGCAUACCGCUGCGAUCUACCUCGCACGAGCGAAUUUGAACCCAGUUCUCUUCGAAGGAUUCAUGGCUAACGGUUUUGCUGCUGGUGGACAAUUGACCACAACUACAGAUGUCGAGAACUUCCCUGGUUUCCCGGCCGGAAUAUUGGGACCAGAGCUCAUGGACAAAUUUCGAGAGCAGUCCAUUCGUUUUGGCACGCGCAUAAUUACCGAAACGAUAUCGAAGAUAGAUCUUUCCUCUCGCCCGUUCAAAUACUGGAGAGAGAUGCAGGAAGGUGGCGAGCCGGAAACCGCUGAUACCGUAAUCAUCGCAACUGGCGCCAGCGCGAAGCGCCUCGGACUUAAGGGUGAAGAGACAUACUGGCAAAGUGGAAUAAGUGCUUGUGCGGUUUGUGAUGGGGCUGUUCCGAUCUUCCGGAAUAAACCAUUGGCAGUCAUUGGUGGAGGUGACUCGGCUGCAGAGGAAGCAACUUACCUUACCAAGUAUGGUUCUCACGUCUACGUCCUGGUUCGUCGAGGUGAAUUACGGGCAUCGAAGAUCAUGGCCAAACGACUACUUAACAAUCCGAAGAUUACCGUUCUUUGGAACACUGUAGCUACAGAAUGCCAGGGAGACGGCGAUCUUCUCAAGAGCCUGCGUCUCAAAAAUAUUCUCAACGGAGAGGAGAAGGAUCUUGCAGUGAACGGUCUCUUUUAUGCUAUCGGCCACGAACCAGCUACUGCCAUAUUCCAUGGUCAGCUUCAAACAGAUCCGGAUGGUUAUAUCAUCACUGUUCCGGGCACCACGCAAACUUCUGUUAAGGGUGUCUUUGCUGCUGGUGAUGUUCAGGAUAAGCGAUAUAGACAAGCUAUUACUAGCGCUGGUAGCGGGUGUAUGGCUGCUUUAGAGGCGGAGAAACUGAUAGCUGAAGAAGAAGAGUUGGGACGUGAGGAUUGAACAUUCUUGAUGCCUGAAUUGAUGUUUUAUCAUAUUUAUUCGCCAUUAAUAUUAGACUGGUGGACGACUGAGCACUACUAACACCGGGUGAUCCAGGUCCUGAACGCACACCGAAACGCCUUCGAACACUCAUCGGAGUGAACAGCUUCUAAAACAACAAGUACUUCGGGAGUUCUGAAAGACCCCCGGCCAUCAAGCAAGUUUGGCACUAUCGUUUCAGCCGACAUGACCGUCAGGGGAGACCUGGGAGGGUUUCGACUCUAGCGGUUUUUUUUCACUCGAAAUCGAAAUCGAAAACCAAGGGUAAUAUUUUUUGAUAGUUAGGUUUUCCUUUUCAGUCCUUCGUGCGUCAGGGAAGCCUUCCGGAGACAAGUCGCGGGAGAACCGUACG